AUGUCCAGCUCUCCAGUUGCCAAUGUAAAUGCAACCGACUUUUAUGAAAUCCUUGGUGUACAAAAGAAUGCUACCGAACAAGAGGUGAAAAAUGUUUACAGGAAGCUUGCCUUGAAAUACCAUCCGGAUAGAAACCCCGGUAAUAAUGAAGGUACGGAUCUUUAUUUUUAUUAAUUUUCACGUGUUUGAAAUCAUGCUUUUUAUAUUUAAGCUCAGGAGACGUUCAAGAAGAUUUCUAUUGCUUACACUGUCUUGUCUGAUCCGAAUAAAAGAAGACAAUACGAUUUGUACGGGGUGAAGGAGAAUGCUAACGACUUUGAUGGAGUUGACCUCUCAGAACUUGGCGGAAUGGGCCGAUUCUUUGGUGCCAUGUUCAGCAAGUUAGGGGUGCCAAUUCCAACUGUCAUUGGUCCCAAGGUCUUGGGGCAGGCAAGGGAUUUGUGUACUGGAAAAGACGAAACGAGUGCCAGAAGCCUUCAACCAGGUGUUUGGGUAUCUGAUGCCGUCAGCACACAAGAUGCUCACUUUUACAGGAUUCAAAUGAGACCAGAAUGGCAACAGAAUGGAGUUAUCAUAAGGUGUAAAACCUUCACUGGCAGUAAAUUCAAGUUGGUUUUGUUUGACAAAGAAGGUAAGCAUUUUUUAUUGGUCGUUUAUUCCGUUUCUUAGGUGGUGUGAGGAUGAUAAGAGAAGGACAGAAAAAAAAGAGCUCGGUUACUGCUGAAUUUUACUUUGUUCCGUUCCCUCGAGUACAUAUUGGAGAAUUUAUUCCUAUGAAAUUCUAUCUCGAAGAUAAGGACACGCCUCUCACAUUCCAUUAUCUUGAUGCAUUGGAGUCGGAAGGUGAGUUUGCUUAUAACAUUAUUCAUUCUACUUUCUUUAGGUUGUAAUUCAUUGGAAGUUCGUGAUCAUUUCCUUUGCGUAUAUGGAGAUAAUUUCUUCCAAUCUGUGAAAUAUAAAUUACAAUUUCUCCCUUUAAACGACAAGUGUCGGGAAGCCAUCAACGAGAUCAGUCAACUUGAGCCUUCCUUAACCCAGAAAAGGACGGAAAUGAGCAUAUUCCAGAAAGAGUACAUGGAUAUUAAAAAAAAGUAAGUAUAAGACGGAAAUCUAGUAUUUAUUUAUUUUUAGGUAUGAAGAGAAUAAAGAAAGAUUGAAGAGAGAAGAUGAGGGAAUUUUGAAGCAGCUUCAGUCGAGAGACGAAGCGUAUGAGAAGUUGCAUCAAGCGGCUAUGGAAGAUUAUGCAGAUCGAACGGUGACUCCCAGCAAAAGCAGUGGCGGGUUAUUCGGAUUUUUUAAGUCCUGA